GCAGCCGAGGCCGUUUGGGCGGCGGCAGCGGCGGGAGCCAGAACGUGGCGCGCCGAAGAGCCGGAGCAUCGGCCCCGCGGAACCAGACAGCAGCCUGCAUUCAAGCAUGGCUAUGAGGGCAGAUGGGCAGUGCUGAAGACCCAGCCUGGUUCCAGCUGCUUCCGACAGACUCCAGCCCCCACAGUCCCUUCUGCUGCCCACAGGAUGGGAGCCUGGGUGCUGGGGGCCCGGCCAUGAGGGAUUGCUGCCCCUCCCAGCAAAAGGCCAGUCCUGCAUGCCUCAGGCACACCCCUGACCAAACCCCAGGCAUGGACUCCAGACACAGCAGCCCCAGGGGAGCUGGGGAAGGGGCCUCCUGCUCUGAGGACCCCACUGGGAACUUAGCCUGCCCCUCUGCCACCUGCAUCCCUUCCCAAGAGGAAGCCACCAAGGAGACAUUGGGGAUACAUGGAGCCUUGAUCUCAGGGACACCAGAAACCACUUUGUCUAGGAAGCCAGAGAUUGUGUCCUCACUGAAAACUGAUCCCACAUCCUCAGAGAACAGAAAUCCUGUGAUCCUGGAGAAGAGAGAUUUCAAUUCUUCAAAGCAGGCAGAUUUGGGGUCCAUAGGAAAGAAAGAUGCUGGUUCCACAAGAAAGGCAGAGCCUGUGUUGACAGGAAAGGCAGAAUCUGCAGCCUCUGGAAAGGGGGAUCCUGUGCCUCCUGGAAGGAUGGAUUACACGACUCCAAGAAAGGAGGAUCUUGAAUCCUUGGGAAAAGUAGAUCCUAUGUGCUCCAGCAAGGUUGACACAGUGUCCCCAAAGGAGGAUCCUGGGUCUUUGAGAAAGGUGGAUCCUGUUUCCUCAGGCAAAGUGGAUCCCAUGUUCCCCAAAAAGGAGGAGCCUGAGUGUCAUAGAAAAGAGCACCUUGUGUCCUCAGAAAAGGUGGGCUCUGCAUCCACAGAAAAGAUAGAUCCUGGGCCCUCAGGCAGGCUGAAUCAUGUAUCCUUGAGAAGCACGGAUCCCACACCCACAGAAAAGUCAGAUCCUGGGCUCUUGGGAAAGCUGACCCCAGGGUUAUCAGGCAAGACUGAGCCUGUAUUCUCUGGAAUAGGGACUCCUGGGUCCUUGGGAAGGGUGGAUCCUACAUGCUCAGGGAUGGCAGAUCCUGCAUCUGUGGAAAAUGCAGAAAUGGUGUCCUUGGCAAAAGAGGACCCUCAGUUCCUGGCAAAGACAGACCCUACCUCUUCAGGGGAGGGGCAUCCUGUGUCUGUGAAAAUGACAAAAACAGUGUCUGCUGGCCCAGUGGAUCCCAUGUUUUCGGGAAAGAUAGAUCCCACAUCUGUGAAAAGUACUGUUCCUGUGUCUCUAGGCAAGAUGGAUCCAGUUUCCUUGGAAAAGGUGGAUCCCAUGUCCUCAGGAAAGCCAGAGCCCUUGUCUUCUGGGCAGGCAGAACAUGUGUCUAUGGGAAAGACAGUAACUGUAUCUUUAGGAAAAGAAGACCUGGUGUCUUCCAGAGGGGUGGAUCCCACAACUGAGAGAAACACAAAAAUACCAUCUUCUGGAAAAGUGAAUCCUGAAUCUUCAGGCAAGACAGACCCUGAGUCCUCAGGUCCAGGGGACCCCAGGUCUUUGGAAACAGGGGUUCCUCCAUCUGCAGUAAAAGCUGAGGCAGUGACUGAGGAAAAGGGAGAUUCAUGGUCCUUGGAGAAGGCAGGUCCUACAGUCUCAAGGAAAGCUGAUCCCCUGGUUUUAGGCAAUGUGGACCCUGUGAGCAGGGGAAAGACAGAAACUGCCCCCUCUAGAGAAGUGGACUCCAUGUCUUUAGGAAAGUCCCCCAUGACUUAUAACAAAACAGGUCUGGUGUCCCCUGGGAAAGCAGAUCCCAUGGACUGUGGUAAAGCGGAAGCCAUCCCAGAGGGAAAGGUGGAUCCUCCGUCCCCGGAGAAGGGGAAUCCUGUGAACUCCACAAAGAAGGAAACCAAGGCCUUGGGGAAAGUUGAGCCCAAGUCUGGGGGCAAGGCAGAAGCAAAGCUCCCUGGGCAAGAGUGUGCCACAUCAUCAGGAAAAGCAGAGGGGUUGUUUUUGCAAAAGGAGCAGCCACAGACCUCUGAGAAAGUAGAUCCGGGAUCCUCAGGAAAAACAGAUCCCAUUGUGUCUGGGAACGUGGAGCCUGUGUCCCAGGCCGACUCUGCAUCUCCAAGAAAAGCAGAGUCCCCAUCCUCUGGAAAGGGGUUUUCCAUUCCGAAGAAGACCGAGUCCUCCUCUUCCAGGCAAUCAGAUGGCAAACCCUGCAGUUCAGCCCCAUCUCCCCGCGGUGGUCCCGGGAGCUUGGAGAGCGGUGUGGAGCCAGAGCCCGCCCCCAGCGCUAAGACCCCCAGCCUCUGCCAGAAAGACCUGGUGGCCACUGAGGCCGAAAAAAGCCCCCAUGCGGAGGCCGCAGCGCCCCAGCCGGGACCACGGACUCGCGACAACUUCACCAAAGCGCCGUCGUGGGACGCAAGCGCCCCGCCACCGCCGCCGCGCGAGGACGCAGGCACACAGGCAGGGGCGCAGGCCUGCGUCUCGGUGGCCGUGAGUCCCAUGUCUCCGCAGGACGGCGCAGGCGGCCCGGCUUUCAGCUUCCAGGCAGCGCCUCGCGCGCCCAGCCCCACGCCCAGGCCUCCCUCGCGCCGGGACGCAGGCCUGCAGGUGUCGAUGGGCGCCGCCGAGACGCGCUCCGUGGCCACUGGGCCCAUGACGCCUCAGACCGCCGCUCCCCCUGCCGCGCCCCCUGCCUUCCCCGAAGUGCGGGUACGGCCCGGCUCGGCACUGGCGGCCGCCAUGGCUCCCCAAGAGGCGGCAGAACCAGUGCGCGACGUGAGCUGGGACGAGAAGGGAAUGACGUGGGAGGUGUACGGCGCCGCUAUGGAGGUGGAGGUGCUGGGCAUGGCCAUCCAGAAGCAUUUGGAGCGACAAAUCGAGGAGCACGGCCGCCAAGGGGCGCCCGCGCCGCCGCCCGCCGCGCGCGCAGGCCCGGGCCGAGCAGGCUCGGUGCGCGCCGCAGCCGCUGAUGGCGCAGCCAAACGCCCGCCUGGCCUCUUCCGCGCGCUGCUGCAGAGUGUGCGCCGGCCGCGGUGCUGCUCGCGGGCAGGACCCACGGCUGAGUGAGCUGCCCCUGUUUUGUACGCCCGGGUUUUCGACCUUCUCAGGCUACUUUCUUGACCCCCAGACCCCUAGAAGGUGUCCCCUCGGCGUGCGACAGCCCUCUGAGGGGUGGGCAGCCUCUAGGGGCUUCUCAUCCCCUUCUUCCCAGCCCCAUUCUGUCCGAAACACACAAAUGAAACCCCUUUACUUAGUUCCCUCGUGGCCUUGAGACCACAGACCCUGCCUCCCAUCUUGCCCUCAGCUGCGUUCCCUCCUGGUCACACUGGGCUAGCAAGGGGACCUGCUCAGCACCCAUACCUCCGGCCCCCUGAGAGCUAAGGCAAGCUCCUGAGAUGGCCAGAUUAGGUAUGUUGAGGUCUCCAGUGGGACCAGAUUCCCAGAACUGGGAAAGACUGCAUGCAAAUCUUUUAAGUGGCCCUCCGUGUGUGCAAGGAUCGGUGUGUGAGACCCCCACCCCUAAGCGUGCUGGACUCUGAAUGUGAGACCCUGGAGGAGGUUUCUGAACGAGUGGGCAUGUGCUGACCCCCAAGGCUGGGGCAUCUCUUGCAUGCUGUUGGUGGUCCCUCCCCAUCUCCAGUCUCCCCCAUCCCCCAACCUUUAGCUCCUUUCCCACCAGGUCACUGGUUCACAAUUCCCAGAGAGGCCAAAGGCCAGGAAGGGCACUGGGGACUCAGAUGAGAGGGAGAGUUGCAGAAAAGUGAGAGGGUCUCAAACAGGACAGAAGGUCACAGUCAGGCUCAUGAAAGGUCUUGGGCCACAGCUGCCUAGGUGGUAGCUGUUCUUGGGUAUUGGGGACAGGGUGAAGAGUUCAUUCUAUAACCACAGUUCACCUUUAAAGGCCACCCUCUUCAGUCCCUUGUCACCCCUGUGCUGUGAGCCCCCACAAGUCCCUUGUGACCACUCAGUGCCCUCGUCCCCACCCCUCCAGCCUCAGUUUUUGGCUACAAACUGUCACAGUAUACGUUGGUAAUAAAA